AUGGCGAUCGACCCAAGCAUGGCAGGCGCGGAGCUUGACGAGGUUCAGGUGAGCGCGGUGGCGCUGGGCGCGGCGGUGGCCGAGCGCCUCGACGAGGAGUUCUUCGAGGGGGCGGCUGGGGGCGAGGGCAGCCGGCUGCUGGCGGCCCUUCCGUGGGCCUUCGCGAGCGUGGGCAAGCGGGUCGUCGACCCUCCCAGGGCGAGGACAUGUUCCAUCGCGCUGCGGCGCUUGGCGCCGGGCGGGUCGAGGCCGCCCGCGCCCGAGAGCCUCCUCUUCGUGCUGGCGAACGAGCUGGUCGCGCGAGGGGGGCUUCAACAGGGUGUGGCGACCCUGGUGGCUCGCCAGUGCUACUUGCGCCCAGGCGAGCUGUCUCGCCCGACCUGCGGCAUGGCGCACCCUCCAGUCGGCGCAGGCGGACGGGGGGCCGCGGCGACGCUGGCGCUGCGCCCGUGCGAACAGGGAGUGGGCUCCAAGACCGGCGAGCUCGCCGAGGCGGUGAUGGUCGACUGGUCGCGCGGGGGGUUCGGCGUCGACGACGCGAUCAGCGAUGUCAUGAUACACGGGCUCCGACGCUCGGGGCCGAGCGCCGACUUCCUGGCGGGCGGGCGGUCGAUCGCGGAGAUCAGGCACCGAGGCCGCUGGGCGUCGGACAGCUGC